UCGCCUUUACCAUCCGGGCUGGCGAGGCGAGCGGGUCCAGCAUCCAAAGAUCACGCCAAGGACAAGAGGAGGAGGAGGAGGAGAAGGAGGAGGAGGGGGAGGAGAAGGAAGAGGAGGAUGAGGGAUAAUGGUCAUAUCAGGGCAAAGAUGCAUGCUGUCUCUAACAGAGCGGGGAGGCCCCUGGACACUCCUGGGAAGUGGCGCUACCAUGGGCUCAGCGCCGAACUGCGCGAGCCCCCGUGCCAAGUUCUGCGGCUGCGUCGGUUCCAGAGCCUCUGCGGCUGUUGAGCUGGGCAGAGAGAUUCGAGACAGAAGAGGUGACCUGAGGGGGGAGGCUGGGCCCCCGGCGGGGGGAGUGCGAAGAGAGGCUCGAGCAGGACGAAGGCCCCCCCCCGUCGAGGCCAGGCAGAAGCUCGGCCCCGAGGGGCAGAACAACGAGCCGAUGCCGCUGCGGCAAGGCUCCAGCAGGGCGAACCCGCCCGUGGCGACGAGGGCUCCGCCGGAGAGGGCGAACACGAGCGAGGGGCACCAGCAUCGGCAUCGGCACGCUCGGAUCCCCCGAGGGCCCCUCGGAGGGGACGCGGCCGCGCGGCGGGCCGCCGCCGCGUCACUUGGCGCCCUCGGGCUUCUCGUACGCCUCGUCGUAGGUCUCGUCCCAGGUCCACUUCAGCAGCGGCUGCUCGGUGAAGAUGUGCACGGGGCCGGGCUUGUCCUCGGACGUCGGUGAGGAACAGGGCGGUGUACGGGAUGACCGUGCCGUCGCGCAGGCGGGUGUGCUGCUUCGCCAGCUGCGUGUCCAUCAGGUGCUUCGUGCGGCGCGCGAGGUCGUCGGUCUCCUUUUGAAGCGCGGACGAAGCUCGUCCGCCCGAGGCAAAAGUUCGUCUCCUCGAUGGCCCAGUCGUCGGACUUCUUCACCAGUUGGUCGUCGGUGACGUUCUGCCCCUCGUACCUGCCGUUGAACAGCCGCAGCCCCGCCCGGGCGUGCAGCGGCUGCGGCGCGCGGCGCGCGGCGGCGCGCGCCCCCAGCGCGGCGAGGCGCGCGAGCAUCGCG